AUGCAGCCCUCCUCGACUGUCUCUGGUGGUGAUACCACAACCACAACCAUCGCCGCGACAUCGGCUACAAAUACAAACACAACUUCCUGGGCUCAGAGCCUUAUGACCUCCAUUCGAGACUUUUUCACGCAAGAACCGGCCUCGGAACCCGAGUCGGAUGCUUUGGCUGGAUGGGUUGGCAUGCGCAAGGGCAGAGGGAGGUGCCGUUCCGUUGGGGAGGUUCACUGA